AUGUCAGAUAAAUCUAAAUUAAAGAAUAUUGAUGUAUAUAAAAGAAUGAACUUUCUUUAUCAAGCUGCAUAUCUAAUGAAACAAACCAAUUCAAAUAGAAUGAAUAGUACCAAUAUCAAUAAUGAUGAUAACAACAGCAGCAGUGGUGUUAUUGAAGAGCAAAUAGAUAAUAGUGAUGAUAAUAAUAAUAAUAAUAAAGUGGUUUCAGAUGGAAACAAUAAUUUAUCAAGCUUCUAUUGUAAUGUAAUUAAACAGAUCUCAAGAAGAGGAGUAAUAAGAAUGAAUAGUAGAUUAAAGAAAACCAUUUGCAAGAAGUGUUCAUCGCUAAUGGUACCUGGUGUUUCAUCAACCGUUAGAAUAAAAGAUCAUAGAGAAUCACAUAUAACAUUGAAAUGUAACAAUUGUAAUACUGUAAAAAGAUUUCAAACAAAUAAACAUAGAGAAAACAAUAAACAAAAGAAAUUAAAAAAGAAAAACAAUAUAAAUAAUAAUAAUAAUAGCGAUAAUAUAAUAAUAAAGAAUGAUAGUGAUAAUAAACAAUGA